AUUUAACUUAAUGAAGAAAAACAGGAAAAUAAUCGAAUGACUUUAAUAUCACGAAUAAAUAUUUCUUAUUUUCAUUCAGUUGAAAAAAAUUAUCUUUUCACACUACACUUAAAAUAAGGUGUUGAGGGGAAAAAUUUUCAUACACAAAAUGAAAACUGAAUUAAAAAUAAAAUUUUAUUAUUUUUUAAUUGGUUUACUUGCUUCUGUAAAUAUAAAAAAUUGUUUUGGAAAUGUAGAGGAAUAUGUUCAAACUAAUUCAAUUCAAAAACAAAAUGUCGAUGAAAAAAUUGGUCAAUUAGUUAAUGAAAUUAUUCUUACGGAAAAUAAAAUUAAAGAAUUAAAAGAAUUAUCACUAUUAGAAAGACGUGAUUUUUUGUGCAAAGAGGAAAUUUCACAACCAUUGGAAAUUCAAAAACAAUUAAAAUGUCGAUACGUUAAUAGGGGAGUUCCAUUUUUAAAAAUUGCACCUUUUAAAGAAGAAGAAUUAUAUUUGGAACCUAGAAUUGUAAUGUUUCAUGACGUUAUUUAUGACAAGGAAAUUGAUAUUUUUAUGAAUUUAACAAAACCAAAGCUUUAUAAAGCUGAAGUCAAAAGAUUUUUAGAAAAAAGUGAAGUUGAUGAAAGUCAUAGGGUUACACAAAUUGGAUGGUUAUAUGAUUUUGAGCAUGAAUAUGUAAAAACAUUGAACUAUAGAAUAAAAGACAUGACAAAUUUAAAUAUUGACACUGCAGAACAGCUUCAAGUGUCUUAUUAUGAAAUUGGAGGCCAUUACGCACCACAUUAUGAUUUUGCAUUGGAAGGAGAUACGACUUUUUUUGAUGAUAGAAUUGGAAAUCGAAUCGCUACUGUUUUAUUUUACUUAAAUGACGUUGAAAAAGGAGGCCAUACUGUUUUUACAGAAUUAAAUAUUUCAUUGAAACCAAAGAAAGGAGCUGCGGCAUUUUGGUAUAAUCUUAAACCAAAUGGAAAAGUAGAUAAUUCAACUAUGCACUCGGCUUGUCCCGUAAUUUCUGGUUUUAAAUGGGCGGCAAAUAAAUGGUUGCAUACUGUGGGACAAGAAUUUUCUCGUCCAUGUUCAAGGAAUAAUGAAACAAUUAUAUUAAAUUAAAUUAUGCCACAAAUUAUAAAUAAUUAUUUGUUUGAUAUUUAAGAUAACAAAACUGAAUCUUCUGAUAGUAAUACUGUGUAGAAAAAAAAUGUAUUUUGAGUUUACUA